GCGUCAUAUUGUGUAAUAUUUUCCAGCAAUGUGUGGAGGAACAUGGCGAUACCGUGGAGGCACUGUUGGAGGUGGACUACAGGCGCUACGAGUACAAGUGUACUAGAAACCAUAUGCGGUUUAAAUGGAAGGUCUGCUACGUUUGCUGCUUUGUCUUUGCGAGGAACGGGGGCCGUCGCUGGCUCGGGAAAGGAGAGACUAUCCUCCAGGCCUGAAGACACAACAUCAAUAGGCAACUAUAUUCUGACAAGUAGGCACAAAUCAAGGUUGCUUUACCCCACACAAAAGCCUUGCUGCUGCAAAAGGAUACACAGUGAUGCCAAGUUGAAGGACCCGUUCACACUAGCCCAAAAAGACUUGAACCAUUUGUAUGAUGAUAUUAAAAAGGAGCUUUUUGUGUCCAAAUCAGAGCUGAAGUCCUUAUGUGACUACUACUUUGACGGGAAGGGCAAGGCCUUCCGACCAAUGAUAGUGGUGCUGAUGGCCCGGGCCUGCAAUAUUCACAGCAACAGAGACGGAGAUCUGCUCCCAGGUCAGCGGUCCAUAGCUAUGAUCUCUGAAAUGAUCCACACCGCCAGCCUGGUCCACGAUGAUGUCAUCGAUGGCUCGGACAAGCGGAGGGGGAAGACCACCAUCAACGAAGUGUGGGGGGAGCGAAAGGCCAUUUUAGCUGGAGAUUUCAUCCUCUCGGCAGCCUCCAUGGCUCUGGCCCGUAUCGGCAACAACACAGUGGUGUCAGUGCUGUCUCAGGUCAUAGAGGAUCUGGUGCGAGGGGAAUUCAUGCAGCUGGGCUCCAAGGAGAACGAGAGCGAGAGAUUCAAGCACUACCUCGAGAAGAGCUUCAAGAAGACUGCCAGUCUUAUAGCGAACAGUUGUAAAGCAGUAUCUAUUCUGGUGAACUCUGACCCAGAGGUACAGGAAAUAGCCUUUCAGUACGGGAGGAACGUAGGCAUCGCCUUUCAGCUGGUGGAUGAUGUGCUGGACUUCACAGCAUGCGCCAGCCAGCUAGGAAAGCCUUCGGCUACAGACCUUAAGCUGGGCCUGGCAACCGGACCAGUCUUAUUUGCCUGUCAACAGUUUCCUGAGCUGCAUGCUAUGAUUAUGAGGCGGUUCAGCACCACUGGAGACGUGGAUCGGGCCUGGCAGUAUGUCCUGGAGAGUGAUGGUGUGGAUCAGACCAACUACCUGGCCCAGAGCUACUGCCGGGAGGCCAUCCGGCAGAUCAGCCUGCUCAGGCCCUCCCCAGAACGGGACGCCCUCAUCAGGCUCACUGAGAUGGUCCUCACCCGCGACAAGUGAGCUCCCACCCCCAGGCUUCACUUCCUGUCCUGUGGAAGCCCCCACCCCCCCACCCCUCCCCAUGGAGGGUUAGAUGCCAGGAUGAUGAGGAGAGAAGGUGGUUAAUGUUUCAUCAGUGACAUUCCCAGUGGGUCCUGAUGGAGCAUUGUUUAUGCAGCUUUUUGUACAUAACAUAAGUUAAAGUUGGAACUAAACGGUGCAUACACAGGUUCUUCAGGACUGACUUUUGAGUGAGAUGCACUGCUUCAUAUUACCCAUGGCUUCUUUCUCUCCUCUGGAAAACCCUUAGGUCCUCACAGAAAAGAGUAUAUGUUAUUGACACCAGUGGUUUUUAAUGCUAGUCCUGUAGGACCCCUGCAUCUACAGGUUUCUGAACCAACCCCCCACCUAUUCUUCAAUUGAACUUCAACAAAGCGUUAAAAUAGCGCGUCAAUGAGGCAUGAACACAGACCUAUAUGCACAGGGACCCUCCAGGAUCAUUGUUGAAACAUGAUUUUCAGUGUAAACAAGCUGUAUUUGGUCAUCAAAGGCGGUUGUUAUUACACGUGAUGCUUGGGGCGGGAUGGACCCUGCAGAAUCAUUGUAAUUCCAUGAUGAGUAUCAUUAUUGUGUGUGUGGAUCUGUAUUAAGACCUUGCUCGAAGAUCCGCCCGCAGUCCGCACCGUAACGGCCAAAUGUCAAACGUUUGUCAGGGUGACUCGUCAAUUGGAGAAUGUUCUAUUGUAGGUAAUUCCUGUCACAAGUGCUUAAAGGUCCCAAACAGUCAUUCUGAUUCCCAUGUAACGCAGCCUUUUGAGUGACUGAAACAUCACCCACAAUAUUUUAAAGUUUGAGAA